CGACCCAGACAACAUGCAUUACGCUGCGACGUUUGUUCACGAUGGCAACACCGCACCUGUAAUACUGGUGAGUAUAUAUUAUGUCGCGAAAUUAAUACGCACGCACUAUUUUCCACUUUGCUUAAAGUAAUGUCUAGAUUUUCUAGUAAACCAUAAAGGAAAACACAAACAAAAUACAGUCAUAAUUCAAUUUAUUGAAAGUUGUAUUAUAAUGUUUUAAAAGGUAACACCACUAUAGACUAUGUGGACCGCAACUGGAGAAAGGAAUACAAAUAAAAAUAAGAAAAUCAUUUAAAAGGUGAUAUUUGCCGAAUAGUGCUGAAAAUAAAUAAAUCAUAUUGUCAUUUGUAUAUUUGAUCUAUUAUUAUAGUUGGAUGCAGAUAAUAAUGUCUCUACAUGUAAUUACAGAUCGCUGAGAACUUCAUACCAGCAGACUUCUUACGGGCCGACGUCCGGGUAAACACACAUAGACACAUAGUGUUCGCGACGGUGAGACAGCUGACUCUACUGGUCAACGCAAGGAGAUGGUACCUGGACGGUACCUUCAAGGUGGUGAAGGAUCCCUUUGUACAGCUUUUUUCGAUACAUGCUUUCCUGAGGCAUGACGACGCCACGAAGCAGGUGCCACUUGCCUUUGUCUUCAUGUCGCGGCGAAAGAGUAAAGACUACAGAGCCGUCUUCCGCGCCAUCGACGAUCUCCUGCCACAACGAGCAGCAGUACUUGAAUUCGUAGCAGACUUUGAGACAGGGAUGUGGAAGGGGAUCCGGGAAGUAUAUCCUGGCUUGCCAAUCAAGGGGUGCUGCUUCCAUUGGAACCAGGCUGUCUGGAGGAAGGUGCAGGAGCUCGGACUUGCACAACAAUACCUAAAUGACGACGGCACGUGCAAAUUCAUAAAGAAGAUCUUCGCCCUCCCGUUCCUUCCUGCAGAACACGUGGAAGCAGCCUUCGACGGUCUGAGAAGAGCAACCCAAGUUCCAGGACUGGUGACCCUCUUGGAUUACGUUGACCGCACAUGGAUGAGGAGCAGCGUGUGGUCGGUGGACGCCUGGUCAGUUUUUAACCAGAGUGUGAGGACGAACAACGAUGUGGAGGGCUGGCAUCACAGACUGAAGCAUCGUGCCCUCGGAACAGCCCCUCCCUUUUACAAGCUGAUCCCAAUGCUGCACAACAAGGCCAGGCUGAUUCCGCUGAUAUGCCGGUUCGUGUCGGAGAGGAAGAUGCGACGGCGACAGAGGAAGGCCUUUGUAGAUGUGCAGGGCAAAAUCUUUCAACUGUGGGGACGGUACACAGCUGGUGGCGUGUCGACGUCUAGAUUUUUAUCAGCCUGUGGGAAACUCUACGCCCCUGUUGCCCACUGACUUUUAUCACAUCUUUCUAUGUUCUUUUGGUGAUUCUGUAUUAUAAAAUAUAUGUAGGUGGUCGAAUAAAAAAUGUACUUUCUCGUUCUGCUUCCUGGUUUUUUUUAUGUACUCUUGCAUGUAGCACGUUGCGGCAGUCAUUUUGAUGUAACAGAAAUUGGUCUGCACAUGUCGUAAUUUUACUGCUUUGGCAUAUAAAUACUGUAUUGAUUGAGAAAUACUAGGAUAAACUGUUCAAUUCUGCUACUUGAAAAUCUGAUUUCGACAUAUAGCCGCUUUCCUCAAGUAUCAAUGAACCCGUAUCAAUAACUCGGGGCCGAGUUGUCUGGGCCGAGUUGUCCAUGG